CCCCUUCUUUCUAUCCAAUAGGAUGACAGCGACUGCAAGCCCCGUGGGGCUAUGUCGUUCAGCUGCUUAGCAGCAUAUCUCUUCAUCAGCUCGCAUCCGCAGGAAUUUCACGCUCGCUUUAGAUUCGAAAAUGGCCGAGGCACUCGCUAUAAUCGGGCUGGUAUCUAAUAUCCUAUCUUUUAUCGACUUUGGUAUCAAAUUCGCUUCUGGGACUCGGGAUGUGCGCGAUUCCCUUCACGGUACAACUGCGGAAGUGCGAGAGCUGGAGAUCAUCGUGGAAGACGUCGAAAGAUAUCAUGCGCAAGUAGACAAGUUGCGAUCCAAUGGUCAAGAGCUUUCUGCGCACGAAAAAAGUAUCAUGGGCAUGGUAAAAUACUGCCGUAACAUAGCCGAAGAUUUGCACAAGAUUAUCGAACGACUACAUGUGCGCGAAGGUCGCUCGAAGACCCUCGAAAGUAGUCGCGUUCUUUUUCAAGGUCUCUGGAAACAACGCGACAUCGAUACUCUACGAGAAAGACUUGAGGCGCUAGAUAAGAGGAUUCGGGUGAAUGUCGAACAUAUUAUUCGGAGUGAUCAUCACUCUUCACUAUCAGCCAAACUAGACGUCUUGAAGAAGGCUCAAGAUGCCUUAGCGAUCAACUAUGACACUAAGUUGGAUCGGAUUCGUGACGAAAUACUCACACUCGUAGCACAAAAUCGCACGAGCGAAGGCGCUACGCAGGCCGCGCAAUUAACUAGUCUGAAGACGAAGUUUGAUGCACUUGGAAAAGAGCACAUGGCAUGCAUCAAGCAAACCGCCACUAUCAGAAGCCUCUACUUUCCAGUGCUUCGCAGGCGCUGGAGCCAGAUUCCCAAAGCUGAUAGAGCGUCGAACACGUGGAUCUUUGAGAGGUCAUUGACAUCCUUCACAGUCUGGUUAGAGAGCACUGACGAACAUGAUGGACUUUUCUGCAUAACAGGCCGGGCAGGCAGCGGCAAGUCCACUCUUAUGAAGUUCGUAUCUGAAAAUCCUCGCACUUUCGAAUGCCUUGAAGGCUGGGCCGGCACGACCAAACUCUGCACUGCAAGCUACUACUUCUGGAAUCAAGGCUACGAAAUGCAAAAGAGCCAAGUAGGGCUCUUCCAGUCACUCCUGUACCAGAUACUCAAAUCCAUACCGAGACUCAUCGAGAUAGUGUGCCCGAACCGUCUUGAGCACGAAGAAUGGGACGUGGAGGAACUGAAAGCUACCUUCGCGCGCAUAGCUACCCAAAAAGAUUUGGAAGUCAAGUUCUGCUUCUUCAUCGACGGUCUAGACGAGUACAAUGGGGCUGAGGAGGACGUCGUCAGCGCUCUGAAGUUCCUCUCUGUAUCGAAAGACAUCAAGAUAUGUGCUUCGACCCGGCCUCGCUCGGUAUUUGAAAAGUUUUUCAAUAACAGGUCUCGCACAUUCGACAUCAAGGGCUUCACCAAAGAAGAUAUGGGACGCCAUGUUCAGCGCAAACUCGGGAAGAAUGAGAAUUUCCAACGUCUGGAGGAUGCCGAUUUCACCUGCGAAUCGAUAAUGACGGUGAUUGCAGACCUCGCGCAGGGUGUAUGGUUAUGGGUCUUCCUCAUCACUCGUGACCUUGUACACGCUGUCAACCGAGACGAGGGUGUGGAGAUGCUGUGGAAGAUCGUCAAUCUAUUUCCAGCAGAUUUGGAAGCUUACUUUGAGCGAAUGCUCAAGGCUGUCAAGCCACAAUACCUUGAAGAGAUGUCGCAGAUCUUCCUGAUCACGGUCGAUGAACUGCAACCGCUCCCGCUAUACGCAUUCUGGCUACUGGAGAGUGAACGCAAGAAUCCCGCCCACACCAUCAACGUCCCCAUACGACCCCUCCGAGACUGUGACUUGAAAGACGAGUACCCAAAGUGGAGGUCGCUUAUCCAGAACAGAUGUAGCGACCUUCUUGUUGUCAACGAUCAAGAACACCCCCUCCUCCCGUGGAGUCACACGGUCGACUUCCUCCACCGGACGGUCGGCGACUUCUUGCAGGACAAUUACUACUCCCAACUACAAGCCAAUCUGAACGGCGAGUUUAGCUCUACGUCUACCCUAUGUAAGAUGUGCCUUGUAAUGCUCAAAUCACUUCCGGAUGUCGACUUCAAUGCACGACUUUCAAUCAACAUAGUCAUCGGGCUAACGGACGAGCUACUUUAUUACGCUUACGAAACCGAGAGAACCGACCCAAGCCCUACGUCAUCCCUAGUAGAGGUUCUUGAUGAGGUGGAUCGCGUCAAUACCCACCACGCACGUGGUACAAGAAACCACUGGACGCAUGCCCGUGAUGCAGUCGUCGACCGUGGGUAUGAUAUGUAUCGUGAGGGGGACAAUUACAACUUUCUUGCACUGACUGUGCAAGCACGCCUCGUCAAAUACGUUCGUGCGAAGUUAGACGCCAAUCCAAACAAUGCGCGAAAAGGCGGGCGACCACUACUGGACUAUGCGCUCCGCCCACGUCGAAUUACACCCAUCAAUAUGAAAUACCACUCCAAGCGCGAUGAUCCGAGUGUGAAUGUGGAUAUGGUACGGCUACUCCUCGAACGCGGGGCAGAUCCGAACCAGCCUGUUCACCUCAACGACAGCAAGUCAGUCUGGCACCUUUUUUUACUCUCAAUGGACGAGACCGUGUCACGUGUUCAAGUGGGUGGUACCAAGCCUUCCGCAGGUCUCACGAGCGCUUGGUACAAGUGCUGCGAACUACUCAUUCAACACGGUGCCCGGAAAGACUCCUACGAAAAUGAGAGCGGAUUGGAAACAACGGAUUAUGGCAUCUUCAAGUAUCUCUUUGGGUCUGCGAGAGCAAAGGAUCUAGUGGCGCUUAUGGACGAGAAGGAGCGAGAGGAGCAACAGGGGAAGGGCUCGUGUAUGGUUAUGUAGUACCCCACAGGCUAUAUCGGUAUCAAAACAAAAGUUGGUAAGGUAUCGACUCAAAGUCGACUUCUGGGUAACUUACUUCUAUCAUCCUCUCCAGAAAACGACCAUUCCCGUGCUUGAGGCUUGGUCUCCUUAGCGGCAUGCCGGAUUGCUUCGACUUGAGGACCACACCUUCAGGCGCAGGACCCUGGACCCGAGCUUUGCGCUUCCAUAGUCUUGGCACCACUACCAACGUCACCAGGUGUAGACACAAAUUGUGUCGCAUUUUUUUUUCUAGGUAGAACUAUACAUUAUCUUACAAAGUAUUGACCUGUUCAGAUCUAAUAGUGUGUAUGCAGCAAAUCGCGGCGCUCUUAGUUCACACAAG